CCCGGAGGGCCCAUGCUGGGGUGUCGCGGAUGCGACUGGAAGGGGCCCGGAGGGCCCAUGCUGGGGUGUCGCGGAUGCGACUGGAAGGGGCCCGGAGGGCCCAUGCUGGGGUGUCGUGUAUGCGACUGGAAGGGGCCCGGAGGGCCCAUGCUGGGGUGUCGCGGAUGCGACUCGAAGUGGCCCGGAGGGCCCAUGCUGGGGUGUCGCGGAUGCGACUGGAAGGGGCCCGGAGGGCCCAUGCUGGGGUGUCGCCGAUGCGACUGGAAGGGGCCCGGAGGGCCCAUGCUGGGGUGUCGCGGAUGCGACUCGAAGGGGCCCGGAGGGCCCAUGCUGGGGUGUCGCGGAUGCGACUCGAAGGGGCCCGGAGGGCCCAGGCUGGGGUGUCGCGCAUGUGACUGGAAGGGGCCCGGAGGGCCCAUGUUGAGGUGUCGCGCAUGCGACUCGAAGGGGCCCGGAGGGCCCAUGCUGGGGUGUCGCGGAUGCGACUGGAAGGGGCCCGGAGGGCCCUUGCUGGGGUGUCGCGGAUGCGACUGGAAGGGGCCCGGAGGGCCCAUGCUGGGGUAUCGCGCAUGCGACUCGAAGGGGCCCGGAGGGCCCAUGCUGGGGUGUCGCUGA